AUGCUCUUCUGUCCGACCUGCGCGAAUAUCCUCCUCAUUGGACAUGAUGAUUCUGGUCGGAAUGAAUGGGUUUGUCCUACCUGCCCUUAUCACUUUCCCAUCACGAAGCAGAUCACAAAGAGGACACAACUUCGCAGGAAGGAAGUGGACGACGUGAUGGGUGGAGAGGAUAGCUGGAAGAACGUAGACUCCACGGACACGCCCUGCCCGAAGUGCGAGAAUCCGAGAGCGUUCUUCAUGCAGCUGCAGAUUCGAUCAGCCGACGAGCCUAUGACGACCUUCUACCGAUGUACAGAUGCCAAGUGUGCAAAUCAAUGGAAAGAGGGAUGA